AUGGCUUCACAACAAGAACUUAGGGAGGCUAUCGAGAACACAACAAGACAGUUCUUGGGUGCCUACAAAGACGCCGGCGAACAAAACAACCCAGCAAUCAUCAACCGUGACGUCACCGACUCUUGCAAAAGAUACUUCAAGCCAGCCGGUGUUCUUCAGUUAUUCGGAUCGCCCCCGGAAGAUGGCUUGAGUAACGCCGACUACGAAGCCGCCAUGGCGCUCGAUCUCAAGAAAUACGUAGUCACCCACAGCGACAUCUCUGACUUGACUAUCGACACAGAGUCAGGCAAAUCAGCGGCAACGACUGUAACGGGCAUGAAAUACAAGAAUGGCGAGGAGGAUGUCAUAGAGCACUCGUGGGUCUUGGACUUCAAUGAGGAUGGGUCCAAGGUCACAAAGGUGAUCGAGUUUUGUGAUAUGGAUGGGUUAAGAAGGAUGUUUGCCAAGGUGUACAGCAACAAGGAAGGUAGUGAGUAG